GUGAAAGUUGUGGCAGCUAACCUGAAUGUAGCUGAGGAGGCCCUGGAGGCUUACCAACGAGAGAAACAGCAGCGGCUAAAUGAACUGCUGGUCGUGAUUCCACUCAAGCUCCACCAGGUAGAGUAUGUAGCAUUUGGAGAAAUUCCUAAUGAUCUUUCUGGAACCUUGGUCUUUUCUAACCAUUCCUUGGGACGGCUCCAAGAAAGAAUCAUACAGCUCCAUGAAGAAAAUUCCAAGCAGCAAAAACUUAACAAGGACUGCCGGGAGAGGCGCAAACAGCUUAUCCGAGAAAAGAGAGAGAUGGCAAAAACCAUAAGCAAAAUGGAAGAAACGGUCCAUCAACUAAUGAUCAGCAAGUUUGGCCGUGUGAUAGACCUAGAAGCCCUUCAGACACUUUCCGUGAACACAACGCUUGAAGAGCUAAAGAUCAAAAAACUUCGAAAGGAGCUAACGAAUGCAAAGGAAAUGAAGAUGUGGGAGGAAAAGAUUGCCCAGGUACGAUGGGAGUUGAUGAUGAAGACAAAGGAACACACUAAAAAACUUCAUCAGAUGAAUGAUUUAUGUAUUGAAAAGAAGAAACUUGAUUCUCAGUUGAAUACACUACAGAACCAGCAGGGCAAUGCCUUCCAGGGCCCUCGGAAAGCGGACAUUGUGGCAAGAGAGAAGGUCACUGAAUUGAUCCAACUCCAGGCAGAAAGGAUUUUGGCCUUAAAGGAAGAGAUUGCUCUCUUGCAUAAGAAAGGUGGUCUUAUCCUACCCCUCAUUCAGCCUCCACAAGAGAAGGAGAUGAAGCCCAUGGGCCUUUAAGUUUGCUUUUUUCUCUCAACUCCGUCCAAGAUUUCCGACAUACAACUUACCAGAAGUUCUGUUUCCUUGCCGGCUGCAAUAGUCCUAUUAUUUUAAAAUGAAUUUAUUUAAAAGUCUAAGACCAGAACCACUCAUAUAGUUUUAAUAACUUUUCUCCAAUUUGGUUAUCUUAGAAUGGACUCUAGCACUCAACAUCUAUUUCUUAUUGAACUGAACCAUUUUAGAUCUGUUUGGAGCCCACUGGAUUGAAUAUGGAGGCUUCAGAAGCUGUAUGUAUCUCAAAACUGCAAGAAAGCAUCUGCAAUAUAUCUUGUUUUAGGAAAUCUG